AUGUUCUCGUCGCCAUUCACCGUUAACACCGCCAUGAAUGUUUUCCAGGACCAAAACCAGCCCUUUAGCUUCGGCGCGCCCCAGCAAGACCAGCAGUCGACCAAUAUGGACCCAAAUUCGCCGGAAUUGUUUAAGCAGAAUUUGUAUAGUGCGCAGGCGGAGGUUAUGAGGCUGCAGUCGUUGGCGAAGCAGACGUUGGCUGGGGUGCAAAAUGCGUAUCGACCAGGCUAUAGUCCUGAGGACACGGCGGGGUCCAUUGAAGAGCUCAAGAAAGCUCUGAAUAGUCUUUCUCAGGUGCUGCGAACGACGGGCGUCGGUUCUCUGCCCCUUCUACCAAGGCCAGAGCAGCCAGGCAGCCCACGGAUCCCACCCAGCGAGGCUGAGCUUCUGGAGAAGGCCUCGAACGCCGUCAAGGCCCUCUAUGAGCUCCAGCAGAGAAAGCAGGACAGUGCCGCCGUCGUCGCCAACCUCCUCGGUGCACCCGACCACCUCCAGCGCAAGUGA